AUGCCUGGUGCGCCUAAAGAUUUGCCAAAAGAAGAACACCAUCUCUAUGAUAUUUAUGCCACUAGUGAUUUGAUUUCUUUGGUGAUCGCGUGCUUCACAGAAAUCUUGUUUAUCGGCUUGACAUAUCAUUUGUGGAAAAAUAGGCUCUGGCAAUUUUACGGACAGUCCAUAUAUGUCGACCUGUACAAUGUAAAACAGACCUUCAAAGUGUACGAACGUCAAUCGGCACUUUUCUGCACCACAAUCUCCGUAGUUGGUGUUUGGGGAAAUCUUCUUCUUCUCUACACAUUUCAAAUGUCUAACCUCAAGCAGAAAUAUAAUAACGAACCGAUUAGGAAUCAUUUUUGGCAUGUUCCAAGCUAUGUUCUUCUCUUGCCUUACAUGAUUCUCAUAUUAGAAGCGGUUAGUCACAAUCAAUUGUUGAAACGCAAAACUCUCUAUUGCUACAUCUUGAAACACUCUGCAGACUUUAUUCAUAAUUUGGAUUUCCUUAACAUGGUGCUCGAUUUUCUAUAA